UUGGAAAAAAGUUUAGAAAUCAAGAAAACCAUCGACUCAAAUAUAAAAAUAAAAAAUCAAUCCAAUUUUGCGCGUCUCCGAUCGCGCGACUUCGCUAUAUCGCACGGUUCCGAUUGAAAUUGCGCGUUUCCGAUCGCAAGACACCGCUAUGUCGCGCGGUACUUCAAAGUUCAGGGCGAGCCUGUUGCUUUUGCCUUUCUAUAAAUAGACCAUUUGUGGUCCAAAAAAAAUAAAAAAAAAAUUACGGAAGACCAUCGAGUUGCUCAAAGAGAUAGGUAGAAGCCAUGACCGGGAAACAGCAGGUUGAGCGGAAGGUUACCGGAAAGGAACACCUGAGGCUGAAUCAAGGGAAGCUUCUGAAGAAGGAGAUGAAAAGAUUACAAGUGUUUAAAGGAAGGGGAAAGGAGAUGAAGGCUGUGCAAGCAGAGCUGACUGGUGUAAUGGACCAAAAUCUGCUGCAACUUAAAUUGAACCCAAACCCACAAAAUCUUCAAGCGCUGCAACGCACCGGUCACCAGCUCCGAGAAGUCAACAGGAGGGCCAUACUGUGGGAUGCCAAGGUCAACGAUUACCUUAAGGGUCUGGUCGAUGAAUUCCAGCAGGCUGAUAACCAAGGCAACGCCCCUCCAUCUGGUAUCUAAGGACGAAGUGGACUAUUUGAGCUGCUUCUUCAUAUGGGGCAGGCGUUUCAUCCUGUUUGUGUGUAUCUGUGUACUUUUUGUCUAAUUAUCAUGCUAUGUGUUGAUGAUGAUUCUGUGUUUGAACCUUUUCAUUAUAAAUGUGUUGUACUAUAAUGGCAUUGGUGGUUAAGAUUCUAUGUUUUAGCAUGUGUUUUGUUUCCUUAUCUGGAUAUAAAGCUCGAUUGAAGGGGCUGGAGGUGUUUAUGGGAUUUUCCUUUGGCAUCAUAAUCCCUAUUAUCAGGAGUAUGCGUACUAUUUUCUGGGUUUGAAGAUCUUAUUUACAGGGCCAACUUCCUUCAUUGAAGAUGCGAUUUGAUAGCAUUUAGCUGGGGAAUCUUUUAGUACAUUACUAUAACUUGUUUUACUCAUUGAUUGUAACCUUCAAUAGAAAAAGU